AUGGACCUUAAUCCAUCAUGCGGGGCCUCCGUGGCUCAGUUGGCAUCGAAGUGCUUAAUGUGCAUUUGUCAGGUGGAAUCUAAUUACAAGGAUGUCGGAUGUACAUUCGACGUGAACUCACUGUCUUGUGGAUACUAUCAAAUUAAGAAUCCGUAUUACACAGAUUGUGGGAAGCCAGGCAGUGGUAAGUGCUGGAAGCCUUGCGCCUCCAAUUUGGCUUGUGCCGAAACGUGUGUGAGGAAGUACAUGGGCCGGUAUAGUAAGUACUGCACUAGGACAUGCCCCUACGCCAGGAUCUACAACGGAGGACCGGGAGGCUGUCAGUCAUCUGCAACUCUCUCCUACUGGUCAAAGGUCAAGGCUUGUCUUGCCUCGUUGUGA